AUGUCUGCCUCAUCCCUCUCCCAGAAAUCUCGCUUGGAUUUCCCGGACCGCCCGCAAUUCUCCGGGUUCAUGAAGCCAUGCGGAGUCGAAGGAGAAGUGUUCAACCUUGAGGUUCGCGGGGAGAUUCCGGCGGACAUUGACGGGACAUUUUAUCGCGUGAUGCCCGAUCCUCAGUUUCCCCCAUUCAUUGAAGAUGAUCCGGUAUCGCACGGCACCAGGAUAUACCCAUGGAUCAAGGGCCGGCGGGUCUCUUUCAAGCAGCGAUACGUGCGAACCGAGAAGUUCAAUCGUGAACGAGAGGCACAACGGGCCCUUCUUGGCAAAUAUCGCAACAAGUUUACCGACGCCGUUGAAUUCAAUACCCGCACCACGGCCAACACGAACGUCGUUCAUUUCAACGGAAAACUGCUCGCGCUCAAGGAAGAUGCCCCACCAUAUGCCCUGGACCCCGAAACCUUGGAGACGCAUGGUUUGUACACAUUCGAUGGCCAACUGCCCAGCUUGACCUUCACCGCCCACCCAAAAUUCUGUCCAAAGACGGGGGAGAUGCUUUGCUUUGGGUACGAAGCCAAGGGCGACGGUACUCCGGAUAUCUGUUAUUAUCGUGUGGCCCCAGACGGCAAGUUUCUCGAGGUGGUAUGGUUGCGCUCCCCCAUUGUAGCCAUGAUUCAUGACUUUGCAGUCACAGAAAAUUGGGUUAUUUUCCCUAUCAUCCCGCUGCUUUGCGACGUCGAGCGUAUGAAACAGGGUGGCGAGCACUGGCAAUGGAGCCCCGAGACUCCGUUUUAUCUCGGCGUGCUUCCACGGAACGGGGCGAAGUCCGCCGACAUCAAGUGGUUCACCUACAACAACUCCUUCCCAGGGCACAUUUCCAACGCAUACGAGGAUAAAUACGGAAACAUCGUGGUAGAUCUCGGUCUAAGUAAGCAGAACGUGUUUUUCUGGUGGCCGGAUGCCAACGGUAACGCGCCCGAGCCGAGCUCGAUCCAUUCGCAGUUGACCCGGUUUACACUCGACCCGCAGUCCUCGAACCGGGAGCUGGGCAAUGCCGAAGUCCUCCAGGACAACAACUCGGAAUUUUACCGAAUCGACGACCGCUUUGCCACCCAGGUCUACCGUCACUGCUACUUUGAUUUGAUGGACCCGACCCUUGGGACAGAUUUCCAGGCCAUCGCUCCUCAGCUGGGGGGCGGCUAUCCGCUGUAUAAUUCACUGGCACACUUGGAUGUGGUCACUCGUAAGAUUGAGACAUACUUCCCUGGUCGAACCCAUAUGGUGCAGGAGCCAGUGUUUAUUCCUCGUCGCGGAUCUACUGAGGAAGGGGAUGGCUAUGUUUUGGCACUCGCAAACAACUACGCGUCCAUGUCCAGAGAGGGACCGAGCCAGGCCGGGCCAAUACGAGACUAUGAAGUGCUGAAGUCGCUCUUCGCUUUCUCGACGCAUGCUCCGCCUUCCUUCUAUAUAACGACAGGAGUCACAUACCUACCCAAACCGCCCAUAUCCAAGAAGGACCUGUUCGAUCAAAUGUCUCUUCCAUCACGCUCACCCGCCCCCGACGCUCAGUCGGUGAAAAACUUCCUCGAUCAAGUCGCCGUCCUCCUUGGCGAGGAACAUGUCUCCCGAGACCCCGAGCAUGGAGCCCUCAAAGGCCGCCUGGGCGAGGAUAGCUAUGGCGACGGCUUUUCUGCUAGCGAUAACAACCAACCCAGCGGCGCAGUUCGUCCUCGAUCGGUUGAAGAGGUACAACAUGCUGUCAAGCUUGCCAACAUCCACAAAAUCCCCCUGUGGACCAUUUCCCGAGGGAAAAACUUGGGGUACGGCGGAUCUGGUGCUGCUGUUAAAGGGAGUGUUAUUCUCGACCUUCAUAGGAUGAACAAGAUCAUUGAAGUUAACGGCGAGUACGGGUACGCCAUUGUCGAACCUGGUGUUUCUUUCUUCGAUCUCUACGAGGAGAUUCAACGAAAGGGGUUGGCUCUCUGGCCGUCCGUCCCGGCAAUCGGAUGGGGUUCUGUUUUGGGAAAUACCGUCGACCGUGGGUUUGGAUAUACGCCUAAUGGAGAGCACUCGCAGUCUCAAUGUGGGAUUGUCACGAAGAUUGGCAUUCACAUCACGCCAGCGCCGGAAGCUUACGCCACAGUUGAUGUUAGUGUUCCUCGUGAAGAGGACCUUAUUCCGCUAGUUGGAAUCCUUUCCGACCUUAUGCGCCGCUCAAUUAUUCUAAACUCGCCGUCCAUUGCCAAUAUCUUCCGUAUAGCUUUGACGUCGCCAGUUCCUGAAGUCCAAGCUAAAUUGGCCGAGUAUAUGAAGCCCGGCUCCUACGUGCCUUACGAUGUGCUCGAAGAGAUCCGGCUCCAAUAUGGGUGGGGAUUCUGGAAAGCCUACUUCUCCCUCUACGGUUCCGUGGAAAUGUUACCAGCGUUGAAAAAGACUGUUGAGCGUGCGUUUUCCUCUAUUUCCGGUGUCAAGAUUAAUUGGCGUGAGUUUCCCGGUUCCCCUGAAAAGACCAUCACCGCUGCCGAGAUUGGGGAGGAGGAGAUCCCCCACAGCGGCAUCCCGACGCUGGCGCCGCUCGGCCUUGUGGACACGAGGGGAACCAAGGGUGGUGCCCAUAUUGACUACUCGCCCAUCAUCCCUCCAUCAGGCCGUGAGCUCUACGACUGGUACUUGACCGCGAAGCAGCGAACUAUCGACGCAAGGUUCGACCUCUUUGCAGAUUUCCACGUCUAUCCCCGGUACGUUGUCGGGAUCGAGUUGGUGAUUUACUCGAUCGAGGAGGAGGAAAGGGCCCUGGCUCUUUACAAACAUCUGAUGGAGGACGGUGUAAAGCAGGGGUACAUGGCAUACCGGACGCAUGUGAAGUUCAUGGAUGAUACAGCAGCGAAGCAAGGCUUUAACGACUUUGCAUUUUCACGAUUUACAGGUCUGCUCAAGGAUACUUUGGAUCCAAACGGAGUUUUGUCACCAGGGAAAUCGGGAAUCUGGAAUUCAGCGAAGCAGCCGCUCUCCAAUUGA